CCGCUAAUCAGGCUGACGGCCGGAAGUGUCGUGACCGGCGCGUUUCUUGGAAACGAGUCCGGGCCGGGCGGACACCGUAGAGGGCAGACGGGAGCGAGCGAUGGAGGCGACGCCGGGGCCUGGGGAGGCAGGAGGCCCCAGCUGCCGGCUGGAGUUCGCUGUGCAGAUGAACUGCCAGGAAUGCGUGGAUGCCGUGCAAGCCUCUCUGCAAGGAGCAACAGGGCUCCGGGUGCUGGACAUUCGGCUGGACUCUCAGAGUGUGCUGGUGGAGACCAGCAUGAGUGCUGGGAAGGUGAAGGGCCUGUUGGAGAGCACAGGCCGCCGGGCUGUGCUGAAGGGCAUGGGGAGCAGUGAGCCACAGAACCUCGGUGCAGCUGUGGCCAUGAUGUCAGGCUCCAGCCUUGUCCAAGGGGUGGUGAGAUUCCUGCAGGUCUCCCCAGAGAAGUGUCUCAUUGAAGGGACCAUUGAUGGUCUGGAGCCAGGGUUGCAUGGGCUGCACGUCCAUGAAUUUGGGGACGUCACGAACUCUUGUGACAGUUGUGGAGACCAUUUCAACCCAGACGGGGAGUGUCACGGAGGCCCACAGGAUGCACACAGGCAUCUCGGAGACCUUGGCAACGUGCUGGCUGGCAGCGAUGGAAGAGCAGACUUCCGAAUGGAGGACACCCGGCUAAAGGUCUGGGACAUCAUCGGCCGCUCUCUGGUGGUGGAUUCUGGUGAGGACGACCUUGGCCGUGGGGGUCACCCACUCUCUAAAGUCUGUGGGAACUCUGGUGAGAGGCUGGCCUGUGGGAUCAUUGCCCGAUCUGCUGGGCUGUUCGAGAACCCCAAGCAAAUCUGCACCUGCGAUGGCGUGACGCUGUGGGAGGAGCGGGAGAAACCAGUGGCAGGGCCAGGCAGGAGGAUGCUUGGCCAGCCUGCCCCUCACCUAUAGGAUUAUGACUUUCCUUUUUCCACAUUGUGCCUACUGGUUGUUGCUCUAUGCUGGGGCUCAGUGUGUUUCUAACAUCAAAGGGGUGGCACUUUGAGCCUGCGGUCUGGGAGAACUGACGUGAGCUUUAGGUGGGGACUAGACUUCUCCACAGUAUCCCUGUGUCAUACUGCAGUCUCGUUCUUCUAUUGCCAACCUCUGAGCAGUUUCGUGUCCUGAUCCUUCCCCAGCUGGGUGCUGCUAAACUCGCUACAGACAAUGUCUCAUUUUAUAGGGGAGCUGUAAAUAGACUCUGCAGUUUUUUGCUGCUUUGGGAUUUGUAAAGGCAGUGAAAAAAGCACCUUAAUUUUUCCUCUCUUGCUUAUUUGUUCUUUUUUAAACAGCAGGUAUAUCACGGGUGGUUUUGCUGGCGGAACUAGAAAUGGGGAGGCAGGGAGCUUGGCAGCUCUCUUGUGAUUGCUUUUGCACUAAGUAGAUGGGUUGGGGGAUUGAAUCUUUAAUAAUAAAAUAUUAACUAGUUCA